AUGGCGUUCCUUCGCCAGACCUGGGCACUGAUUCUGAAGAACUGGAAGAUCAUCAGCCGGCACUCCAUUUCCGCAGUCUUCAUCGCUCUCAUCCUGCCCAUCGCCUUGACGACCUUCUUCAGUUUUGCAAAGAACCUCUUCGUUCCUCCAGCCGUCUAUGGCAUUUCCGAUCCCCGGCAUAUCCGCUCUCUUCCAGAUGCCCUCAGUGCCGCAACUAGCGCCGGUAGAGAAACCGUCGUCUUCGUGAACAACGGCCUCUCUGGCGGUGACAUCGACCGCGUCAUUGAUUCCCUCGCCCAAUCCGUUGAGAGCGCCGGCAAGAAAGCUCUGCGUCGAUCCUCGACCGCUGAUCUCGGCACCGACUGCCGGAGCAACCUCCGCGGCGUCUCGACAUGUUACGGCGCCGUCGUUUUCCAGUCCUCCCCCACCGAGGGGACCGCCGACUACUGGAACUACACUCUCCGCAGCGACGGGGCCUUGCGAUCCAUAGUCAUCGACGUCGACUCGGAUAGUAACGAUGCCCAAAUCUACCUCCUGCCACUGCAGCGCGCCGUUGAUGCCGCCAUCGCCUCAGUCGCCGGCUCGAGCACUGGGACCUCCCAGGUCCAGCAGGGCCCUCUGCCUGACACUGUUGAUGAGUAUCCCUUCACCAGCAUGACACAGGAAGAGCGUGCCGUUCAGGUCCGCAUUCGCUACCAAAGUGCCAUCACCAACUGGAUGGGUGUUGCGUUCAUGACCAGCGUCAUUUUCAUCACCUAUCACCUUACUGGAUUCAUUGCGACCGAGCGCGAGAGCGGCAUGACCCGACUUCUCGAUGCCAUGAUGCCCGUUAAACACAGGUGGCAUGCCCAGGCUGCCCGUAUCAUAUCAUGCCACUUUGCUUUUGUCGUCAUAUAUAUCCCCGGUUGGGUCAUUGGCUCUCUGGUGUUGCGCGCCGGCGUCUUCGCCAACACGAGUGUUGCUACGGUCUUGGUUUACCAUCUCCUGAACGGCAUAGCAAUGGCCUCGUAUGCAAUUUUGGUGUCCUCUCUAUUUCGAAAGGCACAAAUUAGCGGAAUUGCAGCUACCCUCAGCGUCCUCAUUCUUGGUAUUCUUGCGCAGUCCAUCUCUUAUCCCAGCACCGCAGCCGUCGGCCUUUUGAGUUUUCUCUUCACGCCAUGCAAUUAUGUGUACUUCAUUACAUAUAUGGCUCGAUACGAAAGAGACGACAGCCCAGCGGAUCUCACCAAAGUUCCUCCAGGCAGCCCGUGGAACCUGACCGGAAUCGUUCUUUGGGUGUUUUUGAUCAUUCAGAUCUUUGCGUAUCCAUUACUUGGGGCCGUCCUCGAAUCGAAACUGCACGGCACAACAACUAAGGGCAGAAACAUUGUCUACGGUCCGUCGGGAAGCCAGGAAAAUGAUGCCGCGGUGCGCCUCGAGGGCUUCACCAAAACAUACAAGCCCUCGGCUCUGCGCCGCAUGUUUUCAUUCAUUUCACCCCCUCCUGAACCAGUAUUCGCGGUCAACAGCCUGACUUUAGACGUGCGAAGGGGUCAAAUUCUUGCACUCUUGGGUGCCAAUGGCAGCGGCAAAUCUACCACCCUCGACUCCAUCGCUGGUACUAACAAACUUACGAGUGGCUCUAUCACUAUUGAUGGCACUGGUGGUUUGGGAAUUGCGCCCCAAAAGAACGUUCUCUGGGAUGAGUUGACUGUGGAGGAACAUAUCAAGAUUUUCAACCGGCUUAAGGCCCCCGGAAAUCUUGCUUCCAAGCAGGAGAUCCGCGAUCUAAUCAAGUCAGUCGAUCUGGAGCUGAAGCACAAAUCCAAGUCCAAGACGCUAUCGGGUGGACAAAAGCGAAAGCUUCAACUGGGCAUGAUGCUCACGGGAGGAAGCGCUGUCUGUUGCGUUGAUGAAGUCAGCAGUGGCAUCGACCCUCUCAGUCGACGGAAGAUCUGGGACAUCCUUCUGGCAGAACGUGGACGUCGGACUAUUGUACUCACCACCCACUUUUUGGACGAGGCUGACCUCCUCGCUGACCACAUCGCCAUCCUAUCCAAGGGCACAUUGCGUGCUGAUGGAUCGUCGGUUGAGCUGAAGGAUCGUCUCGGCGGCGGGUACCGGGUUCAUGUUCACAAGGACACCGGUAUCAAGAACGCGCCCGAUGUUGAGGGCGUUGAGAAGAAGAUCUCCUUUGAUCUCGUGAGCUAUAUUGCCCCGUCUUCGUCCUUGGCUGCUCAAGUCAUCCGCACGCUAGAGGCCAAUGACAUCCAUGAGUACAGAUUUUCCGGGCCUACCAUCGAGGAUGUGUUCCUGCAGCUUGCAGAAGAGGUCCGCGGGGAAUCAGGCGACUCCUUCCCCGACAGUAAUUCGGAGUACAACGAGAAGAAAGCUGCGUCGAACGAGGUUCUUCCCGUGGGUGCGGUGCCUCAAGGGGGCUUGCAGUUGCUGGAUGGCCAUCGAAUCGGCUACAUGAAGCAGGCCGCCGUACUCUUCCGCAAACGACUCACGAUUCUGAAGACCAACUGGAUCCCCCACCUGGCAGCAUUCAUACUCCCUGUGGCAGCCGCCGGUCUUGUCACCUUGUUUAUCAAAGGCCAGACACAAGCUGGGUGCGCGCCAUCGGAAGAGCGGUCCCUCGACCAGGCCCAAGGCUUCAGUCUCACUGACUUCACAUGGAAGUUGGUUCUUGGGCCGUCUUCAAAGUUCGAUCUGAAUACCGCUGCUACUGUUCUUCUUCCAGUCUUCAACGCAGCUUCUGGUAGCUCUGGCUCUGGUUCGGGAUCUAACUCCACUACCGGGCUGGAGUUCGCGAGGCAAUUGCUGCAGGAGAACGCGACUUUCGCCGAGACUUUUGAGGCCUUCCAAAACACCAUCGUCGAUCGACGUAUGCAGACUGUACCGGGUGGCCUCUGGCUCGGUGACAGCGCGAUGCCACCUACUGUGGCCUACAUGGCCAACUACAACGGCCUCAUCAACCCGCUGUUGUCCCAGAACCUCAUGAACAUGCUGCUCAGCAACGUGACGGUAUUGAUGGAAUGGGCCCCAUUCGCUACUCCCUGGGACCCUGACACCGGAAAUUCUCUGCAGUUUCUCGUGUACACUGGAAUAGCGCUUAGCUGUUAUCCGGGCUUCUUCGCCCUGUACCCGAGUCUGGAACGUCGAUGGGGUAUCCGCGGCCUGCAGUACUCCAACGGCGUUCGACCUCUGCCUUUGUGGCUUGCAUACCUCGCUCUCGACUUCAUCGUCGUUCUCGCCUCUACUGCCCUCGUCACUAUUCUCUGGGCGGCCUUGUCGAACAUCUGGUACCACAUCGGCUAUAUUUUCCUUGUCUUCAUGCUGUACGGCUUGACUGCGAUCCUCCUGGCCUACGUCGUAUCUCUUUUCUGCAAGACGCAGCUUUCCACAUACGCAUGGGUUGCUGCUGGACAAGCAGUGAUGUUCCUGGUUUACUUGGUUGCGUAUCUCUGUACGGUCACAUACGCGCCAGUCACCAAAGUAGACGACUAUCUCCUCGUCGUCCACUUCGUCAUCUCCGCAGUUGCACCGAUCGGAUCAGUGAUCCGCACCAUGUUUCUGGUUCUGAACCUGUUCUCCACGGCAUGCGACGGACGGCAGCUCGCACAAAACCCAGGCGGCAUGCUUCAGUAUGGAGGUCCCAUCCUGUACUUGAUUCUGCAGUCCAUUCUUCUAUUCAUCAUCCUGCUUUGGGCGGACAGCGGCUCCGUCGGUUCGACUGUACGGCGACUCUGGCAGCGACGGCAUACCGAGACUGAGGAUCCGGCCUUAUCCGACGAAGAGUUGGCGAACGAGUUGACCAGAGUCACCACCACGAAUAAUAACGAUGAUGGGCUCAGAGUAAUGCACCUGACGAAGACGUUCGGGAAGAACACGGCCGUGGACAAUGUCACCUUUGGCAUUCAGCGCGGAGAAGUCUUUGCCCUCUUGGGGCCCAACGGAGCCGGCAAGUCGACGACCAUCUCCUUGAUUCGAGGAGACCUCAAGCCGAGUCGCAACGGCGGCGAAAUCCUGGUCGAAGACAAGUCCGUUAUUCACGACUUGCCCUCCGCCAGGUCGCACCUCGGAGUGUGCCCUCAGCACGAUGCGAUGGACCUGAUGACGGUGCGAGAGCAUCUCGAAUUCUACGCCCGCGUUCGCGGCAUCCCCGACAUCGCCCACAACGUCGACGCCGUGAUCCACGCAGUCGGCCUGCAAGCCUUCUCUACACGCAUGGCGAACGCGCUGUCGGGCGGCAACAAGCGAAAACUGAGCCUCGGCAUCGCGCUCAUGGGCAACCCUACCGUCCUCCUCCUGGACGAGCCAUCCAGCGGCCUGGACGCCGCGGCUAAGCGUAUCAUGUGGAAGACGCUGGCGGCCACGGUCCCCGGGCGGUCGCUGCUCCUCACCACGCACAGCAUGGAGGAGGCCGACGCACUCGCGAGCCGGGCCGGCAUCUUGGCGAAACGCAUGCUGGCCCUUGGCACGACAGAUAACCUUCGACACCGCUUCGGCGACGCGCUCCACGUGCAUUUGAUCAGCAAGACGGCGCCUCACACGACGGCGGAGGAAACCGAGCGCCUCCGCGACUGGAUUCAGAAGAACUUCCCCGGUGCUGAGGUCGAGGAGAAGACGUACCACGGCCAGAUGCGCUUCUCCGUGCCGGCCAGCGAUGUUCUGGGCGUCUUCGGCGGCCACAAGGUCAAGGACAUCACGCGGGCCGAUCAGGACGUCUCGUCCAGCGCGGUUGGACAGUUGGCUGUCAUGUUGGAGGAACAGAGGGAGAACUUGGGCAUCAUGCAUUACAGCGUGAGCCCGACGACGCUCGAUCAAGUCUUCCUCACCAUCGUCGGAAAGCACAAUGUCAAGGAGGAGGGAUACAAGGAACCGGAGAGCAAGCCGUGGUGGCGCUUUGGACUUUGA